AUGGUCCCUGCUGCCAAUCUGCUAGGCUUCGCUGGUCAAGAAUUUGCGAGAAAAAUGCCCAAGGUUGCGGGCAUCCUGAUUGAGACGACUUUCGGCUCGGUGGUGGAGAUCAUCUUGUUUGUUGCGUUGAUUGUGAAACACGAUCCUGGGACCGAGGACGGCAACGAUAACGGUGAUGAAGGGAACCUGAUUCCGACGAUACAAGCCGCCAUAAUCGGAUCUAUCAUGACGAACCUGCUCCUCUGCCUAGGACUCUGCUUCUUUGUCGGAGGAGUUCGCCAACAUGAGAAGAAUCAGAAAUUCCACGCAGUGGUGUCGGAGACUGGCAAUGGCGUGUUGCUGGUUGCCGCUUUUGGACUACUCAUUCCCAGUGCAUUCUACUCGGCUCUCAAGACAGAGACCGUCUCGAUCCUGCACGAAAAAUUCACCAAUGGGAAGCUACAUGAGGACAUCAUGAAGAUCAGUCAGGGAACCUCGAUUGUCCUGCUCGUUGCGUUUGCCUUGUAUAUCGUCUACAGCUGCACUUCCGCUCACUCCAUCUUCGACGAGGUCUUGGAAAUCGAUGAACACCAGGAUCAAGACAGGGAGCAAGACGCCGUCAAGCCGAAGCUGACACUAACUGAAUCACUGGUGGCUAUCGCGAUAGCCAUUGUAUUUGUUGCAUGGCUACUCAUCAUUCUGGUUGGAAAGAUUGAGAAUGUCGUCGAAAGGGGCGUACCUGAUCAGUUCCUUGGUCUGAUCCUCCUCCCGCUGGUUGAAAAAGCGGCAGAGCAUUUGACCGCCAUCGAUGACGCUUGGGACGGAGUGAUCAAUGUUGCGCUCUACCAUUGUAUUGGCCCAUCGAUCCAGACUGCUUUGCUGAAUGCACCCUUGAUCGUUUUGAUCGGUUGGGCUAUUGGUAAACCGAUCGACUUGAACUUUGAGAUAUUCAUGAUCUUGCUGCUGGUAAUGUCGAUCCUUGUGGUGGGUAAUUUGCUUCGUGACGGCGAAACCAACUGGCUAGAGGGUGGAUUGUUGUUGAUUGUGUACAUCAUCAUCGCCAUUGCUGCGUUCUAUUAUCCAAACCCGGACGUUGCCACCUCGAACGGGAUUGAAACCAGCGUGUCACAGAACGUCACGAUCCCAUUGGACUUGUACAAGCAGUUGCUUGCGGCUUUGCCAACCCCGCAUGUCUAA